CGGUCGGUAAAAGUGGGCCCUUCAGGCGCGCAUUGUCGUUUCCAUCAAGCAUCGCAUCUUUGCCAGUUUCCUCCAUUAAUUAAUUAUAAUCAUUUCUUUAUGCCAAAAAUUCCCCUGUUUCUUCGUCUCCUCAAUCCAAAACAUUCUUCCAAAAACCCGCCUCUUUUAAAUCGAUUAGGGUUUCAGAUAUAUAAGGAUUGAGAGGGAAACACAUUCGUGUUGAUUUAUUUCCCCCCGUUUUUCUUCUUCUUCGUCUUCAUCCUGUAAUUUUUUUCCUUGUUGUUAUCGGUGUUUUUUGAAUUUUAUGCUUGAAAGGCUUUGCAUCGAGUUGAUUAAUAGUUCAAUUAUACGUGUGUGAGGCAGGGUUGUUGCAAUUAUCAAGCUUAGGGUUUCUGUGUUUUGCGGUGGAACGAGGGAAUUCAGAUUUUGGGGUUUCGACUUUCGAGCUAAUUAUUUGGAGUAGAAAUGGGGAAACCUUCCGGUAAGAAGAAGUUACAGGCUGCGGCUGAAAAAGUAACGAAACACAAGAAAGCAUCAGGAUCUGAUCGAACUCCGACACAAAAUAAUGACGCCAAUGGUUUUGAGAAUAAGAAGGUUGAAGAAAUCGACAGGGGAAAAAACAUGGAGAAACCUAAGGACAACAAGGUAAACCGAGGUAAAAAGAAGAGAAUAGAUAAGAAGGUGGCGAUGGAGGAUGAUAAGAAGAUCGUUAAAGAAGAAAAAGUGAUGACGAAGGCAGUGAAACUGGUGUUUGGAGAUGAUAUAAGGUGGGCACAGCUACCUGUUGAUUGUAGCAUUGGAUUCGUGAGGCAGAUAAUUCGCGACAGAUUUCCUUCCUUACAUGGUGUUCUUAUCAAGUACAAAGAUCGAGAAGGAGAUCUAAUCACCAUUAUAACAACACCUGAGCUGAGAUCUGCAGAAACUUCAAGUGAUCCUCAAGGUACGUUCAAACUCUACCUAGUGGAAGUUACUCCAGAUAAAGAACCAUCAUACGAGCUCUUCCAAAACGAACAACUCCCCAUUGUUUCUGAGGGAAAAUCAGAAGAAGGAAUCACGAAUUCCAAAGAGGAAUGGAUUGUCCAGUUCUCAAGACUCUUCAAGAGCCAUGUGGGAUUCGACACAGAUCCAUAUUUGGAUCUUCAUGAACUCGGAAUGGAGAUUUACUCAGAAGCAAUGGAAGAUACAAUCACAACAGAAAGCUCCCAGAACCUUUUCGACAUAGCUGGAUCAAAAUUCCAAGAAAUGUCCGCUUUAGCUUUGUUCAACCUAGGCAACGUCCACAUGAACAAAGCAAGAAAAUCGAUUGUCAUUUCAGAAGAUAACAACACAACAACCAAAGAAUCAGUAUCAGAACAAGUGCAAAUCGGAUUCGAAUUCUCCCAAAAAGAAUACGAAAAAGCAGGGGAAAGAUACGAACAGUCAACACAAGUCAAACCUGAUUUCUACGAAGGACACCUGGCACUCGGACAACAACAAUUCGAAGAAGCAAAGCUCUCAUGGUGUUACGCACUCGGAUCCAAAACCGAUUCACUAAACCCAACAUCUUCUUCAAGAAUCCUGGAGCUAUACAACAGAGCUGAAGAAAACAUGGAAAAGGGAAUGCAGAUGUGGGAAGAAUCGGAAGAAAGGAGACUGAAUGGAUUGAGUCUAUGCGAAGAACAUAAGACUGAAUUGGAGAAAUUAGGUCUGGAAGGGAUUGUCGAUGUUAAAGAUGGAUCAAAUGAUGAAGAUUUGGAACAAGCUGUGAAUAUAAGAUCUCAGAUCUAUAUCUUAUGGGGGACGUUGCUUUAUGAGAGAUCUGUUGUUGAAUGGAAGAUGUGUUUGGGAUCAUGGGAAGAAUGUUUGGAGGUUUCGAUUGAGAAAUUUGAACUUGCGGGUGCUUCUCCUACUGAUAUUACUGUCAUUAUAAAGAAUCACUGCUCAAAUGGAACAGCUUUGCAAGGAUUGAGUUUCAAGAUUGAUGAAAUAGUUCAGGCAUGGAAUGAGAUGUUUGAUACGAAAAGAUGGCAGACUGGAAUUCCUUCUAAAAGAAAGGAAUUUUUUUGUUGGUAGUUUAACUUUGUUUCUUUUGCUAAUGGAAGUGAAAGAAGUGGUUUUUUCUUGGAUUUUGUUAUAUUUAGUGUGAUCAAGGCUUCUACUAUAUUUUUUUUCCCCUACAAGGGUAUAAAUCUCAAAGGAGUAUACAUCAUUUUUGUUAUAUAGUUAUAUAAACAUUCAUUGUAAUAGUUUGUCUUGCUCAUGGUGAGCAAAUGAGGUUGAAAAAGUUGUUAUGUUAUUUUUUAUAUUUCUGUGUGUUUAAUCUUUGUAAAGC